AGCCUCGCGCAGUCGGUGUAGAAACAGUUCAGAGACGAAACCAAGCGCUGAACCAGUUCGUUGUUUGACCAGUUCAAUCGUUUCAAGAUUAAAUCCUUGUUGGACUUCGUGUAAAAAUCCAGCUUUUCUGGUCCAAGACAACUUUAUUUAAAAAACAAAACACAGAAACUUGCCAAACGGAAGUCAUGGAGAUGAAACUGUAGAGAGACGACCAGCAACUUUGGUGAUGUGUUGUACACCUGAACUGAUGGAGAUGCUCGGAUGGUAACAGCCGCACCACACUGUGGAAAAGUCUUCACACUUCCUCCCUUAUAAGGCUGCACAGAUGUUUUCACUGGGUCAAGAAAACAUUUCCACCUCCCCAGCAUCAACCAAGGGACCAGUCAAGUAUGGAGAGCUCAUUGUGCUGGGGUGCAAUGGCUCUCUGCCAAGCGGUGACAAAGGGAGACGGAAAAGUCGCUUUGCUCUGUGCCGCCGGAACAAGGCCAGUGGUGUGAAGCCCAGCACCGUCCACACAUCCUGCACGCCGCAGGCUGCCAAGGCUGUCAGCAGCAAGGAACAACACAGCAUAUCAUACACUCUGUCUCGGGUGCAGACAGUAGUGGUGGAGUACACACACGACAGCAGCACGGACAUGUUUCAGAUCGGACGCUCCACAGAGACUCCCAUUGACUUUGUGGUGAUGGACACUGUGCCCGGUGGGCAGAGCCACACUGACAGUCAGACAGUUCAGAGCACCAUAUCCCGCUUUGCCUGCCGCAUCAUCUGCCAAAGAAACCCACCGUACUCUGCACGGAUCUAUGCCGCAGGCUUCGACUCCAUCAAGAACAUCUUCCUUGGGGAGAAGGCUGCUAAGUGGAGGAUGCAGGAUGGCCAGAUGGAUGGACUGACCACUAAUGGCGUUCUGGUGAUGCAUCCUCGCCACGGCUUUAACCAAGACUCCAAACCUGGUUUUUGGAGGGAAAUCUCAGUCUGUGGUAAAGUCUUUACACUGCGAGAGACCAGAUCAGCUCAGCAGAGGGGAAAGAUGGUGGAGUCUGAGUCUAAUGAGCUGGUGGACGGCUCCCUUAUAGACCUGUGUGGUGCUACUCUGCUAUGGCGGACGGCGGAAGGACUGGCACAUACCCCCACCGUCAAGCACCUGGAGGUGCUGCGGCAGGAGCUGAACGCCGGGCGGCCACAGUGCCCUGUGGGAUUAAACACUCUGGCCUUCCCCAGUCUGCGGCGAAAAGACGUCCUGGAUGAGAAGCAGCCGUGGGCCUACCUGAGCUGUGGCCACGUGCAUGGCUACCACAGCUGGGGAGGGCGCCGUGACCCCAAGGUCGAAGCAGAACAUCAGGAAAGGGAGUGUCCCAUGUGCCGCACAAGGGGCCCCUAUGUGCCACUGUGGCUGGGCUGUGAACCGGGCUUCUACGUGGAUGCGGAGCCCCCCACCCACGCCUUUAUCCCUUGUGGGCACAUCUGCUCAGAGAAGACAAUGGCUUACUGGAGUCAGAUCCCUCUACCGCAUGGCACUCACGCUUUCCACGCCGCCUGCCCGUUCUGCAUCCAGCCACUGAGCGGAGAGACCGGCUGUGUCAGACUCAUCUUCCAAAGCCCGCUGGACUAGAAACCACCAAGACUCUUCACUUGAAGCAUUAAAGGGGUAAAAAACAUGGAGUUUGUGUGAUUUUCUUAAUCUUUCUUCCUAAAGAAGUGCAUUUAAUGGGUUGAUUCCUGCCUUGGUGUGACUCGGGCAGGGUUUUCCUCUAGGUGGAAGUUCUUCCCUGGACACAGCUGCAAAACAACAGAUUUUUCCAUGAACUGUUUUUAUUUAUUACUUAGCCUCUUAGCAUUAGUGCUCAGUUUAAUAACAAGAACACUGCCCAGUGUUUCCUUCCAGCUCAGUUCUAAUUUAAUGAGGCAUCAACUCUAACAUCGUCUUAGUUCCGGUUCAGUGUUGUUGUCCCGUUGUGGCCCAAACACGACUUUGGACAUUUUUUGGGAAAAAUAUUAAUUUUAAGUGGACCAAAGAGAAAGAGGGAAAAAAAGAGUUGUGGCUCAAAUUCUGGAAUAAUAGUGUUAUUUUUAUUUUAUUAUUUUUAAAUUAAAUGAAUUUGUUCCUGCUGUUCUUUAAAUAAAAAUGUAUGUUUAUGAUGGGAAAUGUUUGAAACUGCUGCCCUGUGACUUGAAACAUGUAGUUAAUAUUAGUUUGCUUUUUCUAACUAAAUUAAAAUUACAAAUUACAACCAGCUGAUCUAUAUUGUGAGCAAUAAACAUUUACUAAAUAACUGUUUAUUAAAACAUUUUGAUUUAAAAAGCCCCCCAAGCCACCAUGAAGCCAAAGGUUCCACCUCGAAUCCGACAUGAAUUUCAUUGUUUUUUCCUGAUAAAGAUGAACCCUGGGACCUCAUAUAACAUCCUUUUUUAUUUCCAUUUCUCUUCAUUUUCGUUAAAUAUUUGUUUACAGAAUAAACUGCAGACAGUUGUCAUUAUCUAAGAUUUUCUUCAGGUGGGACAGAAACUAGAUGCUGACCAGUCUGCUGAACCAUUUAUUCCUCAUUCCCUGGUAUUCAGCAUUAUUGUGACUUUUCGGUUGUUCAUAUCGUUGUGCGGUCUUGAUGCACAUUGACUGUACACAAUAAAAACACAGUUCUUGUUUGUA